CUCCAAGGCUACCUAAUCGCCCAUUCAUUCGAUCAUCAUGGCCCAUCUCAUGUCUCUCCCAGUGGAGUUGCUGGAGAGAAUCACACACUUUAUUGCAAAUGAUGCCACCCCCGAGAACGAGCUGGCCUUUAAGGACGGCUUCGACUGGCGUCCCCUUCACAAUCUAUCGUUAACAUGCAAAAGAUUCCACGAUCUCGCCUAUCCACUGGUCCACACAAUGGUACAGACACCUGAAAACCCCCUCAUCUUUCUCAAACGACCACAAUUGGCUGCGUUGGUGAAGAAUCUCAUGGUCGAAUGUGCAGGGGAGCUCGAGUACCCGUCAGAAGACGAGGGGCUCUUCGAAGAAGUAUCAGCACAAUACGAGCCUCUCGAAGUCGACCCAGAAACUGGCGACCCCGUAGACGAAGACCUAGACGGUGAUAAGGACUUUACGCUUAGCAUGGCAUGCCUGCUACCCUGUCAAAACGUCGAGCGUCUCUUUCUAGACAUACGAGAUUACUCUGAUUACGGGCCUAGAGUUGUACCCCAAGCGCUACAUAAGCUGACCUUUGUCCAUUUACAAGAACUCUUUGUGAGUUUUGAGGGGGAACCCGGCUACGCCCCUAUGAACAACGCCAUGGCUGCCGUUAUCCGCCAAGCGCCAAAUCUCCAAAAGUGUUAUUUUGACAGCGUGGACACCACCUACGCCUUGGAUACCACUUACACUCAAGACACCUAUGGAAGCAACAGCGUAAAGGAGCUCAUCUUUCAUUAUUCCAUGAUUACCGAAGAAUUCUGCGAGGUCAUCUUUGCCAAUUUCCCGCGCCUCGAACGCUUCAGCUACCAACCUUAUGUCAAAGAUUACGCCAGAGUGAGCGUUACAGCAGGCGAGAUUCAACGCCAGAUUGUGCGCCACGGGCAAAAGCUUCGGUAUCUAGGCCUCGACUUCCACUUGGAGCCAGAGAGGCGAGAUCCGGUUGUGAAUUUCGUAGACUGGCCGUCUCUGGAAGAGGUUCUCAUCUGCAAAAAAGCCUUGAUAUUGCAGCCAGAUAUGUCGGCGGAUUCAUAUGUUGCUUGUUUGCCACAGAGUAUUCGGAAGAUAUACGUUGGGGAAAGUUAUGAGGGAGAUUUUGAUGUGCUGAAGAAGCUUGCAAAGGCAGCUGGGUGGCUGCCAAAGCUGGAAGCGGUCCUUGUUGGAGAGUUGUUUGCAAAGGAUGCAAAUAAAUUCACCGAACUGAAGGAUGCGUUUUCUGCUGCUAAUGUCGAGCUUGUAGUGGAAAAGAAGGAUUGAAUGAUAAUCUAGUUGGCAAAGGAAGGAUAUGGGGUAGACACCAAACACAGCUAGUACAU